GUUUUGGAAGCCAUCAAGGCGGGCUAUCGCCACAUAGAUACGGCACGAGUGUAGGUCUGAAAGGGAACCACAAAUGCGGGAAAGAAAAGAUGCCAGUUAAGUUUUACCUGGAAGUUCCGAUGGCUGAUGCGUGGCAACAGGUACGGAACUGAAAAGGCCGUAGGUGAUGGCAUCAAGGAGAGUGGUAUUGCUCGCAACCAGAUCUUUGUAACGACGAAGCUCUGGAACAAUAAGCAUCAUCCGGACGAUGUUCCCAAGGCUCUUGAUGACUCGCUCAGGGAUUUGCAGAUGGAUUAUGUUGAUCUAUUCUUGAUGCAUUACCCGGUGGCCGCGAAAAGAGGAGAUGAUCCGAUUCCAAAAGAAAAUGGAAAACCGGUCACAGAGGACAUUGACUACAUCGAUACAUACAAAGCGAUGGAAAAGUUGUUGAAUACUGGAAAGGUGAAAGCAAUCGGAGUUUCGAACUUCAGCAAGGGUCAAAUGGAUCGUCUCAUUAAGCAUGUCUCGGUCGUGCCGGCCGUCCAUCAAACGGAGGGUCAUCCGUGGCUACAGCAGCACGAGUUCUUGAAGUGGCAUCAGACUAGGGGAAUCCAUGUCACCCACUAUUCCCCCUUCGGGAAUCUGAACCAAAUAUAUUCAGCAAACCAUCUCGGGAAAUUGAUCGACGAACCUGUCUUGAUCGAGGUUGGGAAGAAAUACGGCAAGACUGGGUCGCAAGUUUGUCUCGCCUGGGCCAUCACGAUGGGAAUUUCCGUACUCCCGAAAUCCAAGACACCGCAUCGAAUUAGAGACAAUCUCGAGGGUGAUUUUAAACUGAGCAGCGAAGAUAUGGAGAAUAUUGCGAAGAUCGACAGAAAGAUUCGCUUCAAUGACAGCAGUGAAGACAUGGGAAUGGUAUUCUUCGAUGAUUUGGACGGAAAGGGUACCAAGAUUCCAUGAAUAACCUCCGAUUACUGGCAGGUGAGAUACUAUGGUUGAAAUGGAGUAGAGCGCAGAUCAGAUUUAGAAUGGAGAUGAGAUCUGGGUCGAAUAGUUCAAUCGAUUGAUGUUCAUGCUU